UCCUACGGUUUCUUUUUGGAGUGACAAAUGAACACAGAGACUGAGGAUGACUUUUCCCAGUCGGAUGAGGACUUGGAUGAGGAUGAAGCAACGCAGUAUAUAAUUGAGCAGAGCCUGAUUCAAUACAGACAACUCAAAGGCUUGAGUCCCAGAGAUCUGAAAGCCAGUCAGGACCCUGAUGAGAUUUUCAAAGCAAUCAAAGAGGGUGAUGAGGAUGCUCUAAACAGACUGGCAGUGCAGCCGGGGGCUCUUUCCAGAGUUGAUGAACGAGGAUGGAUCCCUUUACAUGAGGCUGCAGUGCAGAAGAAUAAAACGAUACUGGAAAUGAUCUUCUCAGUAUCUCCCCUGGGUGCAGGUCAGUGUCGCACUUUAAAAGGAGAGACGCCGCUGUUCCUAGCUGUGGUUCAUGGCCUCAGGGAGAACGCUAUAUUCCUGCUACAGAAUGGUUGUAGCCCGGACCUCCAGAACGACGAGCAGGAUUCUCCAUUAGUGGCAGCUAUUUUAAAUGAUCAGUAUGACUUGGCCACACUCCUGCUUCGCUACCAUGCCACAGUAGACCAAACAGGACCACUAGACCGGACGGCUCUGCAUGAAUCCGCCUUCUUAGGCUUGGAGAAUUUUGUUUAUCUGCUCCUGGAGUCUGGUGCAAACCCAAAUGCAUGUGAUGUCAAGAAGAAAACUCCUCUGGCUUUGGCUUCACAGAAUGGGCAUCUGACUGUAGUGGAGGUCCUCUUACAGAAAGGAGCCCAUGUGUGGUAUGAAUCUGAGGACUCGGGCACCGUCUUGUUCGAGGCAGCUGCAUCUGGAAACCCUGACAUAAUCUCCCUGUUGUUGGAGCAUGGAGCAGAUCCCAAUAAACCUCUGUAUAGCGGGCACCUGCCUAUUCACCGUGUGGCAUAUCGUGGACAUGUACUAGCAUUGGAGCAUCUGAUCCCAGUGACCAAAAUAGAGGCCGUGAAGGAAAGCGGGAUGAGCCCCCUCCACUCCGCAGCUGCUGGGAGCCACGCUCAGUGUCUGGAACUGCUGCUCGAAGCGGGCUAUGACCCAAACCUCAUGUUGCACCCAAAAGUGCGUCGCAACUAUGAUGAUGAGCGCAGGUCUGCCCUCUUUUUUGCUGUGUCUAACAAUGAUCUUCAGUGUACCCGCUUACUGUUGGAGGCUGGGGCCAUGGUGAACCAGGACCCUAUCACCUGUCUGCAGGUGGCCCUUAGACAGGGCAACUAUGAACUGAUCAACACAUUGUUGAAGUUUGGGGCAAAUGUCAAUUACUACUCCCGUGUCAAUACAACUCACUUCCCCUCAGCACUGCAGUAUGCCCUCAAGGAUGAAGUCAUGCUGAGGAUGAUACUGAACUAUGGAUACGACGUGCAGCGCUGCUUUGAUUGUCCCUACGGUGACGCUUCCCAUGACUAUGCACCUUGGACAACAUCAGUCAUCAAAGACAUGGUGUUCUGUGAGGUGAUAACAGUAUAUUGGCUCAAACACUUAUCUGGCCAGGUUGUACGCAUCAUGCUGGACUACACAGACCAUGUGUCCUUCUGCACCAAACUCAAGGACGCUUUGAAGGAGCAGAAACAGUGGCCAGAGAUCUGUCAUAUUCAAAGAAAUGUGCGGAGCCUCAAGCACCUGUGUCGUUUGCGGAUUAGGGAGCAUUUUAGUCGCUUACGUCUAAAGGCCCCAGUGUUCAUCACCUACCUUCCUCUUCCACCCAGGUUGAAAGAUUACCUGCGCUACAAAGAAUACGAUGUCUACAGCAGGGGCAGUAUUGUCAGCCUGUAACGCAGCUCAUAAACAACAGCAAUUAUACACACACCACCCUCUUUGUGACAGGGUACAAUGACAGUUUCAAACUAUUUCCACUCUGCCUCUUAUCAAGGAGACUUUUUAAUUGCUUGUUGGCUAAGGUAUGUCAAGUCAUUCAAGUAUAUUUAUAAAAUAUUUUCUAUGCAGGUGUAUGCUUGUGUUUGCAGUUAGCAGCAGUAGAAGCACAUUUAGGUACAUAGGUACCUAAAUGUGGCCUUGAAUGUGAAAUGCUUGGAGAAUAAAUAAAAGUACAAUUAA